AUGGUCGAAUCUGGCACGUUCGAGAGCUCCGAAAAGCAGCUGCCCGUGCUGUCAUUGCGAGAUCUAACCAUUCUCGAGGCGUUCGACCAAGGCGCCACCGAGGCAAAAUACGUCACCUUCUACCAUGUCACUUCUGAAGACGAGCUGUACUUUGGUCACUUAUUCAAGAGAAAGAAGGAAAUCACUCUAGAAGAGUACAAUGCGGCAUUGGAGCAUAUUCCUGACAGUGAAAUCUACCCCGAGGUUCCCCGGGACACCCCCAUUAACAAUCGCGCCAGACGACUUGGACGACGCCUCUGCUUUCAUCAAGCGGCCGGGUCUAAACUCCUAUGA